CUAGAAACAUGGAAUAAAUGAGCCCAUUGUCCGAAAGCAGACACAGGAAGGGAAUCUCUUAAUCUCUCCUCGCUGUCUUUCGCUCAUCGAUCAUUGAGGCUUCCUCUUACUAAAGGCCCGCCGGCUUCACCUAUUCGCCCUCUCCCACCGUCUCGUUCUCUCUUCCACAGAUGAGGACCAUAAUGGCAAGAAGCCCCCACGAGUCCUCCUUCUCUUUCUCCAAGAGACACUUCCAGUGGACAGCUGGAAAUGGCGGUGAAGACAAGAAGCGAGGAGGAGGGAGGGUGGAGGAGGACGUGCUCGUCUUCUCCGCUGCCAUUUCGGCGUCACCGUUCUCUUGCGAUGAUGACGCGCCCCUGAAGGCAGAGGCAGCCGCGCCACCAGCAAGGAAGAAGGGCUCAACCUCUUCUUCGGCCGCAGCGGUGGCUGUUUCGAGGUUGCGAGCGGUGCUGACGGCGGCAAUUGUCGGUAGGCGUCGACCGGUGGGGUUCGGGCCCCGUGUGACGGGCACGCUAUUCGGGCACCGCCGCGGCCACGUCCACUUCGCGUUUCAAGUGGACCCCCGGGCCUGCCCGGCGGUGCUGAUCGAGCUCGCCACGCCCACCAAUACGCUGGUCAGGGAGAUGGCGUCGGGGCUGGUGAGGAUCGCGCUGGAAUGCGAGCGGCGGGCAGGCGGCGGAAAGAAGCUGCUGGAGGAGCCGCUGUGGCGUGCCUACUGCAACGGCAAGAAAUGCGGCUACGCCGUGCGCCGCGAGUGCGGCCCGGCAGACUGGAGGGUCCUGAGGGCGGUGGAGCCGGUGUCGACCGGCGCCGGCGUGCUCCCGGGAGAUGGCGGCGCCUACGGCGAGAUGAUGUACAUGAGGGCCAGGUUCGAGCGUGUGGUGGGAUCCAAGGACUCGGAAGCCUUCUACAUGAUGAACCCUGAUAACAACGGUGGCCCCGAACUCAGCAUCUACCUGCUUAGAGCCUGAUACUUCCUCGUUAGGGGCGGCCGGAGAAACCUGGCCGAUCGAAUGGUUGUUUAUCGCUUUCUCUCUCUUCUCUUCUAUCAACUCCUCACCUUGAUUACUUCUCUUCUCCUCUUCUGCCGGUAAGCACGACAUCGGCAGCGUCGUGGUGGUAUGUAUGCAUGCAUGUAUCUACGAACUCUGUAAUUUUACUUUCUUGAAGAAGAGGUUCGAGCCAGCAGAAA